AUGGAGGCAACUGAGGAAGAACAGCUUGUUGAGGAUGGUGAUCAGGUUGUGGCGCCUCCCAAUGGUGGCGUGAACGAACUGCUGGAUGUGGGGCAAGAGGGAGAUAUGGAGGAGUUUCUGGGCCCACAGGCACAGUACAAUGAGGAGGAGGAAGAAAGGAAGUACUACAGAAGAAAGAGGCUGGGAGUCAUCAAGAAUGUUGUUGCCAGCAGCUUUGGAGCCAUGAUUGUGUACAGUGUUUAUAUGGGCCUUUUACAGAUGCAGCUGACUCUUCAUUACGACAUGACCUACCGUGAGGUGAAAUACAGCAACCUUGGUCUUGUGGACAUCGACCGGAAGAUGCUGAUGGGCAUCAACGUGACCCCGAUUAUCGGCCUCCUUUACACCCCCGUACUCAUCAGGUUUCUUGGCACUAAGUGGAUGAUGUUUCUGGCCUCAGGAAUCUAUGCACUAUUUGUCUCAACCAAUUACUGGGAGCGGUACUACACAUUAGUUCCUUCAGCUGUAGUCAUUGGUGUGGCCAUUGUGCCUUUUUGGGCUUCGCUGGGAAGUUAUAUAACAAGGAUGGCCCAGCAGUACUAUGAAUACGCCAACUACAAGGAGGAGCAUGUUCAGGAGCAGAGGAAGCUUCCAAAGGGGGCCUGCUACAGCUACAUCAUCACCUUCCAGUCCAUUUUCUAUGUCAUCUUCAAUCUGAGCUUCGUCUUCGCCGAGUUCCCCAUGCGUAUCGUCCUCCACGAUCACCUGCAUGAGAACUACCACGUUCUCUGCAACGUGAAAACAUGUGGUGCUGCAAUCAAAGGCAUCAUCCCGGGCUUCAACAGCACUGUUCUGAAAAACCUUCCCCGCUCCAUGCUGCUCAUCGAGGUGGAGAGCAUCCUGAUGGGUUUCGCCUUCCUCGCCAUGAUUACUUUUCUGCUGCUGUGUGGCCCCGCCUACCGGCCGACAGAGGAGAUUGACCUCCGCAGCAUCGGCUGGGGGAACAUCUUCCAGCUGCCCUUCAAACACCUGCGGGAUUACCGCCUGCGGCUGCUCUGCCCCUUCUUCAUCUACAGCGGACUGGAAAUGCUGUUUAUCAUCAGCGGGUUCUCACUGUCCUAUGGCGUCUGCAUUCUGGGCAUAAAAACCCUCUGGCUCCUCAUCCUGGUCUACGGCCUCUCCUGCUCCGUGUUCUCCCUCCUCUCUCUCAGCCUCCUGCGCCUCCCACGAUGGGUGUGUCUAAUGGGGGGCGCUGCGGUGCAUGGAGUCCUGCUGGUGGUUCUCCUCGCUCUGACUGUUAAGCCCAACUCACCGGAGUAUCUGGGUCCCCUGCUGGUGAUCAUGGUGCUGUGGGGACUCGGCAGCGCCCUGAACAAGACAGGGGUCAGCACCGUUGUCGGCCUUCUGUACGCAGAGGAGAAAGAGCGCCUGGAUUUCGUCUACACCAUCUACCACUGGUGGCAGGCCAUCGCCAUCUUUGUCGUCUACCUCUGGUCCCAGAUGCCCAUGAGGGCUAAACUGUCCAUCCUUCUGGCUACUUUGUUACUGGCGUGCUACUGUUAUUGGGUGAUGGAGCGCCGCGUGGCACAGAAAGUGAAGCCCAGAAUGCCUCGCAUCCCUCGGCCAAGACACAAGGUGAAAGGCUACCGUUACCUGGAAGAGGACAACUCUGAUGAGUCAGAUUCAGAGGGAAGCGAGGAGGAUGACGAUGAAGACGAGGAAGAGAGGACGGAGGAGGAUGAGCGCGUUGUGGAGGAGAUGGUGGCAGGGGACAGGGAGGAAGAAGGCCGGGACGCCAGAGUCGAGGGCGCUGACUCGCCCAGAGCCUGGAGAAGAGGGGCCGAGGGUCAGGGGGCCCACGUGGAGGACGACGGGAGGGAGAUAUGACAAAAUGAAAGAAUGAGGAACAUGUGGAAGCGCUAUUGACUAUAAUGUUAACUGGCAUCCUUUAUAUAGUUAAAGCACAAAGGGAAGAAGGCCUUGAGCGAAACCUUCUGCAUCAUGGUCACAUCUUGGUAGAAUUGUCUGUGGAUUGUCCUAAGAGCUGGUUAGUGCGGCCAGCUUUCCCUUUUUCAGAUCAUUGCAGUGGCAUACACCUCGGCAUUUUACACAUUUACAGACUUUGAUGUAUUUCUCUGGUGUGUUAUGUGACAGACCAACACUUUUACUCCACAUUGUUGCCCCACAUUUAUCUCCAUCUGUCAUCCCACAACCUCUGAUCAGUUUUACUGCCCCUUCUGAAAAAAAACCCAUCCCCACAGCAUGAUGCUUCCACCAUCUUGCUUCACCAUGGUGAUUAUUUGUACAAAGUGGUAGUUUUCACAAUUACAUGCUACUUUGUGUUGGUCUAUCACAUCAAAUCCUAAAGAAAUACAUUAAAGGUUCUGGUUUGAUGAAGUCUGGACAAUUUUACUGCUAAUAAGCACCUUAACAAGGAACUACAGCUCUUGUUUUGUAAUUUUUUAAACAUAAAAAUGUACAUAAGUUUAUGGGCAAACAGAUUUUUUCCCCUCAUGUCUUAAAAUGUUAUAUUUCUACAUGUGUAGAAAUAUUUUGCAGUAUAUUAAGGGCUGUACUUUCCAAUGCCUGAUCACACUUUGAAUCUACUUUCACAUCUCUUCUGUUUCUUAACCUCAUGUAUCUUAGAAGAUGCUUAAAAUUCAUACACAGUUUUAUGCAUGUUUUUUUUAUAAAGCUAAGCAGCAGCCUAGAGGAGGCCAUGACAGUCUUUAAGGGUGAUAAAGCCUUAAAGAUAAAAAAAAAAAAAAAAAAUACACACAAAUGAUGGUUUUUCAGAUAUCAGUGUUUUAUACAAUUUCGUUGAAAGGAAAGUUUUAAAAACAUUUUUAUCUUAAAUGUAUGUUUUUUAAUGUGAUUUUGAUGUUUUUGGAUGAGACUCUAUAUUUCUUGUAAACAUGUUCUGUCUACAGUGGGUAGAACGGGGAAACAAUUUAGAGCACAAUGCUUUCAGUUUUCUAUCCGCUCAAUUUGCGCUUCAUGUUUACCAGAUCUGUCGAUGAGCAGGAUCUUUUGUUGAGUCUGUAGAGUACUUGGCUGUAAAAGAAAGAUCUGAAAGAGACAGAUUUGAAAAAAAAAAAUUAAUUAGCAAUUGAUUUUAUCAUUUGAAUAGCAACAUAAAAACUUUGUAUUAAUAUCAAUUGUAAGACAGCCUGCUUUAUUCUGUUGAAUGUGAAUAAGGCUUUUUUUGUGGUUUUAACUUCUGUCUUGCUUUAAGACUAGGAUGACAGGGUGGCUGUAAAUCUGCUUUUCUGAAGGAUAACAGAGAAGAAUAUGAAUGUGUGCUUAGAUUUAAUACAGUUCAGUAUUUUGCAGUUCCAAAGGCGAACCAAGACCGAUGGCUAUUUAGUUAGCAGUGUCUGCGCAGCUUUUAUUGCCACUGAAAAAUUCAUAAAAUCUGCAAAAAUAUAUAAAUGAAGCUACUCUUAUUUUUAAAAAGUGCAAUGAUUUGUCUACACCAAGCAAACAAACAGAUAGGUGAUUUAUUGCAAAUAAAUCAGUUCAGCUACAGAUUUUUGUGUUGAACUAUAGAAAACACAGCGUGUGUGUGUGUAUAUUUCUAAACACACACACACACACUGUUCAAAGAGAACUCAAACUCCUGAUUAGAACAGCAGUGAGGCGGUGGUAUCGCAAAAAUACAAUAAAAGACAUUUUAAUUUAUAGGAAAAAUGUGUUGUUCCACUGGCAGAUUAUCACUUGUACUUUUCCAUUAAUAUUAAGGAGUUAUUGACUUAAAACAAGUGUCUAUAUUACCCUGAAAAGUUAAUUGUACCAAGAUAUUUGCACUAGAAAGAAGACAGCAAAUACUUGACUUUGUGUUUUUUACAGUGUGACACUGCUGCAAUGGUCCUCCAGCAUGAAGGUCCUGGGUUUGAAUCCCAGUCUGGGGUCUCUCUUUGUGGAGUUUGUCUUUUCUCCCUUUGCAUGUGUGGGUUCUCACCUCUCACAAUCCAAAACUGUUAUAUUAAUAAGUUAUUCCAAAUUACACAUAGGUCUGAAUGUGUGGGUGUGUAUGCGUGUGUGCAUGUUGGGGUGAACUGGUGAUCUGUCCACAGCAUUCAUCAAUGUCCAUUAGAGACAGGCACCAGGGUCUCUGCGACCCAGACAGGACCAACUGGUCUAGACGACGGAUGGAUGAAUGGCAUGCGUUUGUGUGUUCACUUUUAUUAAAAUUCUUCCUCUGUCUUGGAGCAAAAGAAUGUCCCCCUCAUUGCUUUUGAACAGUUAAACAGACACUAAACUCUGCAGGAUUUUCAAAUGCUGCAGGGGCAUCUAACCUGUAUCACUGACUGGAUUAAGUCUGAAAAGCUGCACUUGUAUUUACCUAUCCAACUAUUGAAAAGUGUUAAGUUUUCAUUCAAAAAAUGCAGUUUCAGUUUUUCCUGUGACGCAGAAACAGCUUUGUGUGUGCUGUAUGAUUAUGCCUAAUGGCCUCCCUUCUCCCAAAUGAAAGCUUGACCUGUCACAGGAAGAAAAUCACCGAGGGAAGAUAAUAACAUUAAUUUGCAGCUUUGGUCCAGAUAUUGUGCUUAUUCUUUGUAAUGCCGUCAUCACAUUCUGAGCGGUAAAGUAGAGCAGAUUUAUUGUUAACGUCCUUCAUUAUGCCUGAAUCUUUCCUGCUGUGACAGGAAAAUAUCUGGAGUGCAGAAAUAUCCUGUUAAUGACGACAAGUUGACUUUUUUUCUUUUUUUUAGACCUGCUGUUUGGUCUUAUAGAGAUGUUUUAUUCUGCGGGAGAUUUUUCAAUGUCAUUGCAGUGAAGCGCAGGUGCUUCCAAUGAUGAAUUUGUCCCACUCCAAGCGAGGUCCUGCUUCUGUAUGGAAACAUUUUUGGCAGGAUUUAAAAAACAGAUUUUAUUUUUAUUUGGUUGGCUGGUUUUACACUUGGAGAUCACAUUUCUUGGUCAAUUUGAGAGUGAAUUUAUACCUGAACAUGUUAUCUGUAUUCUAGGGUAUAUUAACUAUUAUGCACAACACAUAUUUUAGUGAACUGAGAAACAUCCUUAUUGCACUGUUCCCCAUAUAUUUGAGAGUUUGCAAUAAUAUAUAGUUGCUGUCGUCUUUACUGAUAUUUCUUUUCUGCAUACACUGAAGCAGGAGCUUAAAAUAGAUGAAAGCGAUAAAGUUUUGCUUACAAGAUGUGUAUUGUAUUUUCUAUCCACCAUCUUUUAAAAUUAAGUGGUAAAAAAUUUUUUUUAACAUGUAUCUCCAUGGAAACUCUGAAGAACAGCAAGUAAAGAAUAAGAUAAAAAUGAUUCCUUGAAUCAACUUUCAGAGUUUGUUCAAAUACCUGCAUUCUCAUAACAAGGACAGUUCAGCAGACAUGAGAGUUCACUGGUUUAAUCAAGAAGAGUGGAUCAGAUGGUUGACGGUUGCUCUCACCUAAAUUAACUCAAAGAAUAAGUUUGUCUUAUUCUUUAGGGUGUUUGAAAUUAACUCUCUGUAAGAGAGACUAGAGACAGAGAGGAGCAACAAGUGAUAUCACGGUUACUCAAACAAUAAAUUAAACACAAAACAAUGUAUUUAAAGAUAAUUACAUGUGUAAAAAAAAGCCAUGAGCACAAGCUGAUACAAAAGGAUCAGGGAAGGUGGAAGAUUAUGCUAAAUACAAAUGAUCUAUUUUUGCUUCAUAGUAAUAUUAUUUUUAUAAUACUCACUCAUGGAUAAUUUUUGCGAUUCAAAAAUUGUCUAAGUUACUCUUGAGAUACCUGCCUCCGUUUUGUGUGCAGCUAUGAAAGUUAAUUAGUUUCGCUUUGAGACAGGAUUCGUGACCGUUUACAAUGUGAGAAAUGCUCAUUAAGAAUAUGUUUAUUUCAUGAAUCCACAGCUGAAUAAAGAGUUUACUGAA